AUGAGGCCUCUCCGCGUCUUGUUCAGCUCCUGGGGCUUGGUGGGUGCCUUCUUGCAGCAGGGGACCUUCCUUCUGAAGGGGGGAGCCACCCGAGAGUCUCACCUCGCUCCCUCCCACUGUAGUUCUGGGGCAAGGUGGGGACAGGGAGGUGGCAGAACCAGUUUGGGAGAGUGGCGUUUCCCGGAGCCGCUCCAGCCCCGGCUCCGGCCUCAGUUCGGCCCCCGGCCCGGGAUGGAGCCCCGGUGGGAGCCCCCGGAGACGGUACCACCACCCGGGGAGACCCCCUUGGAGGCGGAGGCUGAGGAGGCAGGCCCAGGGCCGGGGGCGGCCUUGGCCCUGCAACUGGGCGAGCUGGAGCUGAAGGAAGAAUGGCAGGACGAGGACUUCCCCAGACUGCUGUCCGAGGAGACCGUCUCCUCCAAAGAUGUCGAGGAGGUUGGGGAGGGUCCCCAGCCUGGCCCCCGGAGGCCCAUGAGGAAGCGCCUGACGGCUCCGGAGCUUGGGCUGGGGCCCGGCGGGGGUCCCGGUGGGGGCUCCCGGCCCCCCGGGCCCGCGGGCAGCCCGUCCCCCAGCAGCGGCAGCAGCUCCGACCUGCAGCUGGACGAGCUGGACACUCCCUCGGACUCGGAGCAACUGGACAGCGGACACGACUUCGACUGGGAAGAUGAGCUGCCACGGGCCGGGUCGGAGCUGGGGGUCAGCGCGGCGGCAGAGAGGCUGGGCCGGGGCUGCGUGUGGGACGUGGCCGGCUCGGAUGGGCGACACUGGCGGGUCUUCCGGAUGGGCGAGCUGGAGCAGCGGGUGGACAUGUCCGUCAUCGAGCCCUAUAAGAGGGUCCUUUCGCAUGGAGGUUACCACGGCGAUGGCCUCAACGCCGUCAUCCUGUUUGCCUCCUGCUACCUUCCCCGCAGCUCCAUCCCUGACUACCCUUACGUCAUGGAGCAGCUGUUCAGGUACAUAGUGGGGACCCUGGAGCUGCUGGUGGCGGAGAAUUACCUCCUGGUCUACCUCAGCGGGGCCACGGCCCGUGGACAGGUACCCUCCCUGGCCUGGAUCCGGCAGUGUUACCGAACCCUGGACCGCAGGCUUCGGAAGAACCUGAGGGCCUUGGUGGUGGUACAUGCCACGUGGUAUGUGAAGGCCAUCCUGGCGCUGCUCCGCCCCUUCAUCAGCUCCAAGUUCAGCCGCAAAAUCCGGUUCCUGGGCAGCCUGCGGGAGCUGGAGCAGCUGGUGUCCCUGGAGCACGCACGCAUCCCGGACCCCGUCCGCCAGUUGGACCAGGAUCUCCACGGGCCCACUGACGCCCGGGACUGAGACGGGAACAGGGC